AUGUCUUCUUCUAUCCCAAAAACCCAAAAAGCUGUUGUCUUUGAAAAGAAUGGUGGUCCAUUAGAAUUUAAGGAUAUCCCAGUACCAACCCCUAAAUCAACUGAAUUAUUGAUUCAUGUUAAAUACUCGGGUGUGUGCCAUACUGAUUUACAUGCUUGGAAAGGUGACUGGCCAUUGGACACCAAAUUGCCACUUGUAGGUGGUCACGAAGGUGCUGGUGUUGUUGUUGCUAUGGGUGACAAUGUCAAGGGAUGGAAAAUUGGUGACUAUGCUGGUAUCAAGUGGUUGAAUGGUUCAUGUAUGAACUGUGAAUACUGUGAACAAGGUGCUGAACCAAACUGUCCUGAAGCUGACUUAUCUGGUUACACUCACGAUGGUUCUUUCCAACAAUAUGCUACCGCUGAUGCAGUUCAAGCCGCUAAAAUUCCAAAGGAGGCCAACUUGUCUGAAGCUGCUCCUAUAUUAUGUGCCGGUGUUACCGUUUACAAGGCUUUGAAAACCGCUGACCUUAAAGCCGGUGAAUGGGUAUGUAUUUCCGGUGCUGCUGGUGGUUUAGGUUCUUUAGCCAUUCAAUAUGCCAAUGCCAUGGGUUACAGAGUUGUUGGAAUUGAUGGUGGUGCAGACAAGGGUGAGUUUGUUAAGAAAUUGGGUGCUGAAGUAUACAUUGACUUUACCCAGGAAAAGGAUAUUGUUUCAGCUGUUAAAAAGGCAACCAAUGGUGGUCCACAUGGUGUUAUCAAUGUUUCUGUUUCAGAAAAGGCUAUUGACCAAUCUGUUGAAUACGUUAGACCAUUAGGUGUUGUUGUUUUGGUUGGUUUACCAGCCGGCUCCAAAGUCACCGCCCCAGUUUUUGAGUCGGUUGUCAAAUCAGUUCAAAUCAGAGGUUCAUAUGUUGGUAACAGAAAAGAUACCGCUGAAGCUUUGGACUUUUUCGCUAGAGGUUUGAUCAAGUGUCCUAUUAAGAUUGUUGGUCUUAGUGAAUUACCUGAAGUUUUCAAAUUAAUGGAAGAAGGUAAGAUCUUGGGAAGAUAUGUUCUUGACACUUCUAAAUAA